GAGUAGCUCUGUGCAAGAUUAAUUUUUGAGUUUGUUGUUUUGAUCACCAGCUGUCAAAAUGCCAAGAAUUGACAACGACAUCAAAUUAGAUUUUAAAGAUGUUCUCUUCAGACCAAAGAGAAGCACAAUUCGUAGUCGAGCUGAUGUAGACUUGACACGAUCAUAUCUGUUCCGGAAUUCACACCAGGAAUACACAGGGAUCCCGAUAAUGGCAGCCAACAUGGACACUGUUGGAACUUUUGAAAUGGCCAAAGUAUUUGCCAAGCACCUGAUGUUUGUAGCUAUCCACAAGCACUAUACAGUGGAUGAAUGGAAGAUGUUUGCGACGGAGAAUCCUCAAGUCGUUCCGUAUGUAGCUGUGAGUGCUGGAAUUGCUGAGGGAGACAUGAAAAAGUUAGCCGAAAUCGUAGAAGCCGUACCAGACAUCAAAUACCUGUGUCUUGAUGUUGCCAAUGGUUACUCGGAAACAUUUGUUCAGUUUGUGAGAGAUGUGCGAGCAAAAUUCAAAACUCACACAAUUAUGGCAGGUAAUGUAGUGACAGGAGAGAUGGUUGAGGAACUCAUCCUGUCAGGAGCGGAUAUCAUCAAGGUUGGGAUCGGUCCGGGGUCAGUCUGCACCACAAGGCGGAAGACCGGGGUGGGCUAUCCACAACUCAGCGCGGUCAUCGAGUGUGCUGAUGCGGCCCAUGGACUCGGAGGACACAUCAUUUCUGACGGAGGCUGCACGUGCCCGGGUGAUGUGUCGAAGGCAUUUGGGGCCGGGGCUGACUUUGUGAUGCUGGGAGGGAUGUUUGCGGGUCACACCGAGUCCGGGGGGGAGAUGAUUGUCAAGAACGGCAAGAAGAUGAAACUGUUCUACGGGAUGAGCUCAGCGACAGCCAUGAAGAAACAUGUGGGAGGCGUGGCAGAAUACCGAGCAUCAGAAGGCAAGACUGUAGAAAUAGAAUACAGAGGAGAUGUUGAGAGGACAUUACAAGACAUUCUCGGUGGCAUCCGUUCAACGUGCACGUAUGUGGGCGCCUCCAAAUUGAAGGAGCUGGGUCGUAGGACUACGUUCAUCCGCGUCACACAGCAGCUAAAUGAGGUGUUUACGCCUCAAACCACAGAACACUAGAGACAAAAUAACACUGGUGUAAUUCCUCAUUUUUGUAGGGUAAUUUUAAGAUUUGUAGGAUAAUUAAUAAAAAAAAAUUAUAUGGUAAUUAAUUUUCAGCUUUGGAGAAAUUAGUCAGCAGGCAUUUAGCCUUUUUUCCCUUUUUUUGGUAGACUGCUAACCAGUUGGGCCUCACACACAAGUUUAUUGUUGAUUUAUUUAUUUAUUUUUCAGUUCAGAUGUGUUGUAAAUUAAUGGUUGUCAAGACUUGAUCUCAGCAGUAGUCCGGGGUGUUUAGGCUACCUAUUUCUCACUCGGGCUACCAGAUAUUUAAACCUGGUAGUCUGCCGGGCUACUAGAUUUUUUUUGCAACUCCAGUUACUUUGCAAUCAACAAGAUGCUUAAACACCUAAAAAUAAAACACAUCCUGAAACAAUGUUUAAAUCAAAAUAAAUUAUUUUGCUUUUUUUAUCUCCUUUUUUAAAAGUUUAUUAAAAUUAUGGGCUACCAAUUUUACUGAGGGCUACCAGAUUUUAUAACCUGGAAGCCCAGUGGGCAACCACUGAAAAACGUUGAGGUCAAGGCCUGGUUGGGUUGGGGAUAUGUUAGGAUGUAUCUUUGUUUAAGUAAGCAGGAAAGUAUUAUUAAUUUAAUUUUGAAUAGAAAUAGCGAUGAAAAUUAAAUUAUUACCGUCAGCUACGAAUCUCAAAUGACUAGGUUGAUACUGAAACUGUAGAAAGAUACAAAUUCAUUGGUUUAUUUUUUAAUAUUUAUAUUGUGCAUUAACAACCAGCUAGUAUUAACAAGUUGUGGAGUAAAGCUUUCAUUUGAACACAAAAGUGUUAUCAGUAUUUGUAAAUUACAUGGUGACAACACCACUGUCUGAUUGGAAAACAUUUAUCCUUUAGAUUUCAAUACCUGGCGAACAUUUAUUAAAUAGGCACCUAUUAAUGGCAUCACUGGUUAGCACUAGUGAGUAUUUUAUUAGAAAUAUGUAGAAGUGUUCAGCUUUUCUUAGUCAAAUAAAACGCAACAAAAUAGAGGCCUAAUUAAAGUACAAUUUCUGGAAUUAGCUUUAUUGAUAAAUAUUACUUGUCAAAUCUGUAACAGUAAAAUGCCAAUUUCAAAUUUGUUUUGAUUUGUUUGCUAGUGCUUUUCCCUUUCUUUUGGGCUGUUAUUUAUAUAAACGUUGAUAUAUAGAUAUAUAUAUAUAUAUAUAUAUAUAUAUUUUACACACCAGUGCUUUUGUAUUUUUUUGUUUGAUGUAUUGGAUUUGUAAAUGUAGCUACUUUUUAAAACCUAUAUCUUGUGUUCACUGAUCAUUGCCAGUGUAAAUGUUUUUUUGUUUUUUUAAAGCUGAUGUCUUGUCAGGGCCCUAAAUUAAGGCUUUCUCAGGACAAAUGGUUAUGGGUGUAGGAAAACUUGUUUUGAUGGUUAAUGUGAAAUCAACUUCUUUUUUUUCAAUGAUAUAGUUUAUUCCAUUAAUAUACUAUUAAAAAAGGGUUUUAAAUUUUCACAAGACAAUAAUAAAUUUAAUAAACUCAAAAACUAAUCGGAAUCAAACUGAAUAAUUUAAAAUAACAUUUCACAUUUCUUUCAUUUUCAGUUUAUUUCCCACUUAUAAAUUGGGUAGUAUAUAUAUAUAUAUAUAUAUAUAUAUACAGGCCUGGAAAUAAUUAUUUGGACCGUGCCUGUCAAGCUGUCCUAUAUCAGUCAGUUUGUGCCUGUCACAAAUUAAAAUGUACCUGUCACCAAAUUGCAUGCCAGUGUGUAAAUAUCGAAAGCAAUUAUUACAAAUUUUAGAAUGUUAUUUAUCUUUUAUUAAUCCUGUAAUAUUAAUAAAUGCAUGAAAUUAUA